CUGAUCGAUCUGGCGGAAUCGGUAUGUAUUGCUGUCAGACCAACGUGCAGGAGCGUAUUCAGUUGAUUACGACCAUUGCGAAAUAACCUGCUGGCAACAUCAACAACCCCCCGGCCAUCGUUUCAUCAUUUGAACCCGCAAUGGCCCUGCCAGCACAGCAACAAAGCUGAAAAGUUGCUCGUCCACACUUCCGGUUUGUGCUCGGUCAAUAUAUCAUCCCAUUCUUCUCGGUCGUUGCUUCCUUAUAUGUAGUACCUGCAAUCGGCCUAUACCAUUAGUAGGCUGAUGACCUUGCAACUGCUGGCAGGUCUGCUGGAAGAAACGACAUCACGGUCCCAGCACAAGCCUUCCCGAAAGGGAAUAGGCGCGUGCACAUCCCUGUUGGCAUUAAGCAAAACGACACCACCAUUGACCAAGGAGGGAGCAGAAAACGCGCACUCUGUUUCGCCCACCUUCUUUCCUCAAAGUUCAACGGAACCGCACGAUACUGUUCUGGGUGCAUUCAUCGCUCGUUCCCUUCGAUUAGUGUCCGCCCCACCAUGGCAACACGCAUCGAUGCAUAUUAAUGUACUGGAACAGGUACGAGUCAAUAAGGGAAACUCAAUCAGUCUUCGGACGACGAAGUCGGCGGGGAUGGUGUGGAAGAAGACCUCGUGGACACUUAGUCAGCCGCUCGACACAAGACGUUCCAGGAACAAAUGCUCACACUUAUCAAGGACAUCUGUGACAUCUGCGACAGCCUUGAGUAUCAAAUUCAAUUCAAUGAUUGUAGCGAUGAAUGCUUACCAUUCUCGAACGAAGCGGUUCAUCAUUCCUUCGGCUUGCAGACAGCUGUCUCAAUCAGGAACGACGGGAAAGUAACACGGAGCCGAACAACGUGGGAAAACAACACUACAAAGCGCGCUAUGUCUUGUCGUGUCCGUACUCACUC